GAGGAAAACGGCAAAGGAACAGAGGGAGAAGAAGAAAUGUCGGAGACCCGCCAUUUUCAAGCUCUGUUCAUCCUCCCAAGGAUGGUGAAGCUCCCGCCAUUACAAGCCCUCUCACUGUUCCGCUCCUUCAAACCUCAGCUAAUCCAACACACCCCCGACAUCUCCUUAUCGAUCCUCUUAACCCAACUCCUCUCCUCCCCCUGGCCGCUUUCGCGAGCCCGGCAGUCUCUGUUCUCACAGCUCCUCUCUGAUUCCACCACUUCGCCUCUCCUCCUCCACCUGACGCAGACCGGGCUCGGCUCAGCCCCUCUCAGCUCUCUUCUCCACGAAGCGAUCAUCCGUGCCCUCGUCGUGUCCCGAUCGCCCGAUCAAGCCCUGUUGUACUUUAACCAAAUGCUGGACAAGGGCCUCUUACCCAGAGCGAGCACCUUCAAUAAUCUGCUCGACCUCCUCGUCGGGUCGAAACGUUUCGAGAAGGCGUGUUCCCUUUUUAGCGAAGUCAGUGGGAAGGUCGAAUUUGACGCUUAUAGCUUCGGGAUCAUGAUCAAAUGCCAUUGCUUGGCUGGUAAUCUGGAAGAGGCCAUCGGGGUUCUGGAUCAAGUGAAGGACGCGGGUUUGUCUCCCAAUGUCGUUAUGUACACGACUUUGAUCGAUGGGUGCUGUAAAAACGGUGACUUGGACCGAGCGAGGAAGUUUUUCGCCGAGAUGGGCGAGCUCGGGAUGGCGGCUAAUCAGUAUACCUACACGGUCUUGAUUGAUGGGCUCUUCAAGAAAGGGCUCAAGAAGGAUGGGUUCGAGCUCCACGAGAAGAUGAAACUCAACGGUAUCUGCCCCAACGUUUACACUUUCAACUGUAUGAUCGAUGCCUACUGCAAGGGAGGGAAAAUGGGGCUCGCCAUUAAGCUGUUCGAUGAAAUGCAUGAGCGAGGAGUUGCUCAUAAUGUGGUUAUUUACAACAGCCUUAUCUCUGGUCUGUGUCGGGAAACGAAAUUUUCACAAGCUGAGAAUCUGUUCGGCUCUAUGAUGAAAUCCGGCAUUAGCCCGAAUUUGGUCACUUAUAAUACGCUGAUCGAUGCGUUUUUAAAUGCAGGAAAGGUGCAUAAGGCCUUAAGUUUAUUUGAUAGUCUGAAAUUGAGUGGUCUUUCUCCAUCUCUCGUUACUUAUAAUAUACUGAUAGCUGGUCUUGCUAGAGCAGGCGAUUCAGUUUCAGUUUCAAACUUGGUGAGGGAGAUGGAGGAGAGAGGGAUCUCUCCCUCUACACUGACCUACACUAUUCUAAUUGAUGCCUCUGUGCGAUCUGGUGAUAUCGAUAAGGCGUUUCAAAUAGGUUCCUCAAUGAUGGAGUCAGGUUUGGUUCCUGAUGUGUACACGUAUGGAGUUCUAGUGCACGGGCUGUGCCUGAAAGGCAACAUGAGGGGAGCAUCGAAAUUGGUCAAAUCGAUGGGCAAUCUGAAUUUGAAGCCGAAUGAUGUUAUCUACAACACGAUGAUUAAUGGGUAUUGCAAGGAAGGUAGCUCGUACAGGGCUCUGAGGUUGAUUAGAGAGAUGCGUGAAGUUGGAAUAGUUCCGAAUGUUGCUAGCUACAGUUUGACUAUUCGGGUUCUCUGCAAGGAUGGGAAAUUCGAAGAGGCCGAGGCCUUACUCAAUGAGAUGGUCGAGUUGGGUCUGAGGCCUCCAAUUUCUGUUCACAAUGUUAUCUCAAGGGUCAAAAAUAGCAUGACAUGAUGAUCAAGUCAGGUCUGAAUCUGUUCACGAGACCAGCAAGCCAAGCUAGAUGGAUGAGUGAGCCAAGCUACACACCAUUAUUGCCACUGGAAGCAAGACUUCAAGUUGGAAUUAGAAAUCCCGAGCUGCAAUGUUUUCUCUCUUGAUGUUUCGAAGUUACAUCCCAGAUGGAGCCGAAGCUUGUGUUGGUCUACUUCCAUCCCAAUUCCAUGAUCAUUAUGGUAGAAAGUUUUGGGGAUGUUGCUAUUCUGAUGGUUAACUACACCAACAGAAUUGGAGACCGAGUAUUUGAAGUCAACCACUUGAACAUUGGAGGCGGCCUCGGAUUAUAAUAGUACUGAUGCUGUCCUGCUUACACCUAUAUUGACACUGAGAAUCUUAGUCCUUAAAUCUUCCAAGGGUGUGCAUGUGUAUGCGCAUGGACAUAACUCACCAGUGAAUGCUCCUCAUGCAUUUGGAAGCUUGUCUGAAAGGUCGGCAAAUAGGAGAUCUAAUAUUAAUAUUGUUCCUCUGUUAGACGAAAUCUAGAGAUACCUUACCCUGCUGGCAUUGGAAGACAAAACUUGUCUGGUGAUUUGUUGAUGAAACUGAACGUGUGUCUCAAGUUUGAGGAAGAUAUAUAUCUCAUCACAAAGAUCUGCCGUGGGGAAACAUUUGAAGAACACUUAAGGUUUUUCCACCAACUCUAAUUGCAACUUGCGGACGUACUGUCUUUCAGUUUGCUGCAGAGGAUCCAAGAGUUUUGAACAUUACCAUAUGUUUCAGAGGUGAGAAUUCGGAGGGACUUCGGGGGGCCCAGAGAGGGGAGAUGGCAGGAGGUUCACUUUACCCGAUUCUGAUUUAAUCGAUGGAUUUCCUGAUUUGAGAUUGUUCCAGUGUUUCAUUUAUCUGCAAUUUCCUUCUCAGUGGACUUAUUGCUUCCAAAUAUAACCAUAUUUUUCAUCUAAUAAUAUCGAAGCAAAUCGCGGUUGGUCCAA